GGUUGUGUGUGUGGUGGGGGUCCCCGGAGCCCCGCUAUGGAGGAGUGGAGGCAGUGCGGCCGGUGGUUGAUAGACUGUAAGGUUCUGCCCCCGAACCACCGGGUCGUGUGGCCCUCUGCGGCCGUGUUCGACCUGGCGCAGGCUCUGCGGGACGGGGUGCUGCUGUGCCAGAUGUUGCACAACCUCUCUCCGGGUUCCGUGGACCUGAAGGAGAUCAACUUCAGACCCCAGAUGUCACAGUUCCUGUGUUUGAAGAACAUCCGGACGUUUCUCAAGGUGUGCCACGACAAGUUUGGCCUGCGCAACAGCGAGCUGUUCGACCCCUUUGACCUCUUCGAUGUCAGAGACUUCGGCAAGGUUAUCUCCGCUCUGUCAAGGAUCUCCCACCACAGCAUCGCACAAAUCAAAGGCAUCAGGUCCUUUCCAUCAGAGGACACAGCUCUGAAUGAGGAUGAUGUCUACCGGAGCCUUGAAGAGCUGGCAGAUGAACAUGACUUGGGUGAGGAUGACAUCUACGACUGUGUGCCGUGUGAGGACGAUGGGGAUGACAUCUAUGAGGACAUCAUUAAGGUGGAAGUACGACAACCCAUGAAAAUGGGUAUGACAGAAGAUGACAAGAGAAAUUGCUGCUUGGUUGAGAUCCAUGAGACGGAAGCAAAGUACUACAAGACUUUAGAGGACAUUGAGAAGAAUUACAUGAUCCCGUUGAAGCAAGUCAUGAGUCCACAGGACAUGGAGGCUAUCUUUGUCAAUCUUGAGGAUGUAAUAAAAGUCCACUUUGCCCUCCUGCGAGCCAUCGACCAGACCAUGCUCAGUGGAGGAAGCAGCCUGGGGAAGAUCUUUCUUGAGUUCAAGGAAAGGUUGUUGAUCUAUGGUCAGUACUGCAGCCACAUGGAGAACGCACAGAAGACACUGGAUGAGCUAAUAGCAACACGAGAGGACGUCAAGAUUAAAGUAGAGGAAUGUACUAUGAAAGUACAGGAAGGGAAGUUCAAGCUGCAGGAUCUUCUGGUGGUUCCCAUGCAGAGGGUGCUGAAGUACCACCUACUACUGAAGGAACUUUUGAGUCAUUCAGCGGACCGACCUGAGAGACAACAACUCAAGGAGUCUCUGGAGGCUAUGCAGGACCUGGCCAUGUACAUCAAUGAAGUCAAGAGGGACAAUGAGACUUUGAAGAAAAUCAGCGAAUUCCAAAGUUCAAUAGAAAAUCUUCAGCAGGUGAAACUGGAGGAGUACGGGAGGCCAAAGAUAGACGGAGAGCUGAAAGUGUGCUCCAUCGUCAACCGAACGAAACAGGACCGGUAUAUUUUCCUGUUUGAUAAAGUGGUCAUUGUCUGCAAGAGGAAAGGAUAUAGCUAUGAGCUCAAAGAGAUUAUUGAACUGCAGUCGUAUAAAAUGUCGGAUGACCCCAUGAACAACAGAGACAUGAAAAAGUCAAGUGGAAAAAUGUGGUCGUACGGUUUCUACCUAAUCCACCUGCAAGGGAAGCAGGGCUUUCAGUUCUUUUGUAAAACUGAGGAGACAAAGAGGAAGUGGAUGGAGCAGUUUGACAUGGCCAUGUCCAACAUCAAGCCAGAGAGAGCCACAGCCAAUCAGCAUAACUUCCAAAUGCACACAUUUGAUAAGAACACCAACUGUCGAGCCUGCAAGAUGCUCUUGAGGGGCAUCUUCUAUCAGGGUUACUACUGCUCUCGCUGUGGAACAGGAGCACACAAAGAGUGCCUGGAAGUCAUCACCAUCUGUAAAAUCAAUCCUCAUGACUUGGAACCUGAAGUGUCAUCAGGUCCCAAGAUGGUGGCAGUGAGGAACUACCAUGGCACACCGGCUCCUAUAGGCAAGACACCGCUCUGUUUUCAAACAGGAGAUUUUAUCGAGCUGCUGAAGGGAGAUCCUGACACCACAUGGUGGGAGGGAAAGCUGAUACAAACACAAAAGAGCGGCUUCUUCCCCAGUUCAUGUGUGAAACCCUGUUUGGACCCAAAGCCCUUUCAGUCAUUAUCCAGCCGGCAGACCUCAAGGGAAUCAGACUACUAUGGAUAUCCUUGGUUUGCAGGGAACAUGGAGCGCCAGCAGGCCGAUAACCUUUUAAAAUCCCACAGCAGUGGGACCUACCUUAUCAGAGAGAGGACCGCUGAGGCGGAGAGGUUCGCCAUUAGCAUCAAAUUCAAUGAUGAAGUAAAACACAUCAAAGUCAUUGAAAAAGACAGCUGGAUUCACAUCACUGAAGCCAAGAAGUUUGAGAGUCUUUUGGAGCUGGUGGAGUACUAUCAGGCCCAUUCACUCAAAGAAAGCUUCAAGUUGUUAGACACCACAUUACGAUACCCCUACAAAUCAAGAGAACGCUCUCUAACACGGGCCAGUACACGCUCACCAGUGUUCACUCCUCGGGUGGUCAGUUCAGCAGUGGCCAGGUAUAACUUUGCAGCACGAGACAUGAGAGAGCUGUCACUGCGUGAAGGAGACAUUGUCAAAAUCUACAGCAAGAUCGGUGGAGACCAGGGCUGGUGGAAAGGAGAGGCCAACGGACGAAUUGGAUGGUUUCCCUCAACGUACGUGGAUGAAGAAGGAGUUCAGUAAGGCUUGGAUGUUUGCUGAACAGCUCCCUUUAAAUCAGGAACCAUCUUCAAUCAACUGCUCUCAGAGAAAAUGACUCACUCCCUCUCCAGGAAAAUAACACAAGGAAAAAAAGAACAUUUUGUUGUUGUUUUUGCUGGAUACUCAUUUUUCAGUCAGUGUUUCUACCAUGUUUCUCUAUCUUCAAUUAUGCAUCAGCUUUGCUUAUGUUUGUACAUUUUUUUAUGUGGCAGGGUGUCCUGUUUAAUUUCUGUACAGGUAGAGGGAAAAAAUGGCUUGUUGUUUGUCAGCCUUUGUGUGCUCUGCAGAUGCUUUAUUGAACUGACGACACAUAAGAAACUGACCGUGGAUAGCUUGAAAAAAGCUCUCCUUUGUUGCAGGUCCAUGCAAGGUGAAAUAAUUGUACAGUAUAGAUAAUUUAUUGAAAAGAGAUUAUUAUCAUUACUAAUGAUUAUUGUGGGGAAGUUUAUUUUAGCAGCAGCAAGGAAUCAGAUGAGAAAUACUCAAAUAAGAAAGGAAAAAAAAGACAGAUACUCUGUUUUAAUGUUGCGAGAUUUUGCCUUAGUUGUCAUGGUUAUGCCUUGUGGACUGACACCAGUGGAGGGAAUCGACUUUGUUGGCUGGUUUUACGUCUCCAUGUAUGCAUGUGCCCAUGUGCGGCCCACUGAAACACACAAAUACACAGACCAAUGUAAAGUAUGGUGCCUUUGAAGAAUGGUCGUUGCUUACUGAACCUCAACAUCAGCCAGUAGAGAACAGUGCCAUCACCAAAAAGAUGGUUCGUCCACAUCCAGAGGACUUCACCAAGAAGGGGAGAGGCACUUAGACUAAAUACUAGGGACGGCUUGCCUCCCGAGACCUAGAAAACAACAUGGGGAAGCAUUAACUUAUUCUAACUGGUGACUGGAUGGACUCACAGAGACAGUCGGGCGCUUUUAUAGCCAACAACACAUACACUGUUCACAUCAAUCUUGGCAUCACAAGUCAAUGGGUGCUAUCAGCUGGAUGCAAAAGGGAAACAUCAUGACAUUCCACUGGACAACCACUUCACACUUUUAAAUCUUUAUUGUUUGAUUUUUUUUGCACAAAACCAAGGUUUUCUUUUGUUGCAAGAACUGGACCAUUUAUCAUUUGAAGCCAAAUUCAGCAAUGUUUUAAUGUCUGCAUGGAGUUUGUUGGAUUGUUAUGAUUUUUGUACUUUGCCUUAUUUUUUACAGGUUGUCAGGUGACUGGAUCCCCCCUGCCCCCAAUGUUAAUCAUUUUUCAUGUAUGUAAUCUGGUGAUGUGCAGGAUGGUGAAAAUUAAACAG